AUGGGUCACACACCGAAGAGGGGAACACUACCACCCAAGCGCCCAUACCUCAGGCUCUUUCAGCUCUUGGUGCUGGCUGGUCUUUUUUACUUCUGCUCAGGCAUCGCCCAGGUGACCAAAACAGUGAAAGAAGCAGCCAUGCUAUCCUGUGAUUACAACAUAUCUACUGAAGAACUGACGAGAGUUCGUAUCUACUGGCAAAAGGAUAAUGAAAUGGUGCUGGCUGUCAUGUCUGGGAAAGUGAAGGUGUGGCCCAAGUAUGAGAACCGCACCAUCACAGACGUCACCAAUAACCUCUGCAUUGUGAUCCUGGCUCUGCGCCUGUCGGACAACGGCACCUACACCUGUGUUAUUCAGAAGCCCGAGAAAGGGUCGUACAAACUGAAGCACCUGACUUCGGUGAAGUUGAUGGUCAGAGCUGACUUCCCUGUCCCGAGUAUAACAGAUGUUGGAAAUCCAUCUCCUGACAUCAGAAGGAUAACUUGCUCAACCUCUGGAGGUUUUCCAAAGCCUCACCUCUCCUGGUUGGAAAAUGGAGAAGAAUUGAAUGCUACCAACACAACACUUUCCCAAGAUCCUGAAACGGAGCUCUACACAAUUAGCAGUGAACUGGACUUCAACACGACAAGCAACCACAGCUUCGUGUGUCUUGUCAAGUAUGGAGGCUUGACAGUGUCACAGACCUUCAACUGGCAAAAAUCAGCCACACUACCCCCUCCUGCUAAUCAGCUCCUGCCCUGGGCCACUAUUAUCCCAGCCUCAGCAUGUGGGAUUUUUGCCGUCAUUGCAGUAACACUAAUAUGCCUGUGCUGCAGACAUGCUUCCAGAUGGAGAGAGAGAAGGAGGACUAGGGAGAGCACGGAAAUGAAUGGAGUGUCCCUAUCUACAUAGGAUCUGUGGAAGGACUGGGCUGACCAGAACACGUGCAGGUAUCUUCUCUACCAGCGUGGGAUGUGUGAGAUCUUGUGGCUCGUGAACACAGGGUUUUCUUCCUCUCAGUACC